AUGAGCGGGGGUGAGGCGGGUUCAUCGAGGGACCCAUUUCAGCUUGACCGUCUGGCAGAAGAGCUUGUCACUCGGGAGCUGUUACAUCCACACGAUAUCGACAGUGAGGAAGGCAACCACGAUCUUCCUGUCUUCGUACCUCUCUCGCACAGCAAUCCCUACCUUACUGCCAAUGACUUCGACAUUGAGCAAUUUCUGCUCUCCCGCUCGCACACUUCGCUGCAGGACCUGCGGUCAGAACUGAGAGACUAUUUGGCUACGCUGAAGGAAGAACUGGUGAAGCUCAUCAACGAUGACUAUGAGGCCUUCAUCAGCCUAAGUACCGAUUUGAGGGGCGAGGGUGUCCGCUUGAACAAGCUCAAGGCGCCAUUGGGAGGCUUGAGGGUGCAGAUUCAAGAUUCCAAAGCGGAACUCCAGCUCGUACAGGACGCCAUCAAGCAGAAGCUGGAGAAGCGUGCCAUCCUCAGAGAAGAAAAGGCUCUUCUGCACCUUUUACUCAAAAUUUCCGAGUCCGUGACGCGUCUUGAAGGCCUUUUGCUCAUCUCAUCACCUUCCAAUGAUGUGUCGGAGCUAGCGAAUGAUUCAGCAGUCCCACUACACUCAGAAGACGUGAACGACGACAAAACGCGUGGCAAUCAAGCAAAACAUCUGCAUCGAAUAGCUGCGGAGUACACUCAGCUUCUAUAUCAUGCUUCCAAAGCUCGAGCAGACAAGUGUGCUUUUGUGGACGAAGUUCAAUGGCGAAUUGAUAGAAUCCAGUCUACAUUGUCAUCCGACUUGGACCAUCACUUCAGUGCAACCCUGAUCGCAUUUACGGAAAGCACCAAGCUUUUGGAAGUUGACAAAGCGAAGCUGCUGGCAGAUUUGACGGAAUGUCUUCGCACUUACGACAUGCUAGGGCUUUGGGGGGACGCGGAAGACGUCAUAAGGCGCGAUGUCACUGUAUAUGCUGGCGCCCUCGCUGCUCCUCAUUCACCUCUUAUCCCUCAUACCCCUCUCAAUUCAACAGCACCUGCAUUCUUAUCAUCAGUUUCCUCACCACCUCGAACACCAUAUACACCUUUCACUGCUUUCCCAUUGAAGAACUCCUCUUUACCGCAUUCGUACAGCCUUGACAAGGCUAUGUCACCAUUCUACCAUCUUCUGGAGCAAAGUGACGAACCAUUGGCCAAACUAUACGAUCAAAUCUUACGGUUCGUCGAAAGAGAUUUAUGUAGGAUCAUGGACAUCGCAGAUAAAGUUGCGGUCAAAUCCUUUUCCGCUGCUAGAGCGGGCACUCCGCAAAUGUCUUCAUUCGAUAUCGACAGUGAUGAGAAGGGAUUCAACAUAAUGGCAAAUGUUGUUUGGGAUGAAUUCGGGAGGGCCAUCAUGGACGAGCUGGGCGGAGUCAUAUUCUCUGCAGGCAAGCCAGAUGUCUUUCGAAAGAACCAUGAAAUAACUCAAGCAUUCAUACGCUCCCUGGAAUUUUUAGCGCCAUCCGUACACUCUGUUGAAUGCAUGAGGGCCCAUAAUGUAUAUACUGCCUUUGAACGACGCUGGCAGCUUCCCGUCUACUUUCAGAUGCGAUGGAAGGAAAUCGUCGCCAGAUUGGAGGAUUCUCUUUCCAAUACUCGGAUAGAACCGACUUCCGCAAAAGGUAGUGCUCCAUUCGUGACAACGCAGGCUGCGGCUAUCUGGAUGGCCGUCGUUGCGUGUUGGAGUGCCGAGAUUUAUAUUCCGGAUUUGAGCUAUAGGUUCUGGAGAUUAACUUUACAGCUGCUAAGCCGAUAUAAAACGUGGUUGGAACAGAACCUCGCUGGAAUGGAGAAAGCACCCGCUGCAGUAGCACCCCCAACUUCUGACGUCCCCCCUCGUUCAUCAACACCUGUAUCUAGCGAGGGUUCAUCUGCCGACAGUUCCUCGCAUGAUGACGCGUCGCUACGCCAAUAUGCGGCUGCUAUCUCUGAUAUAAAGACUAUGCAGUCCUGCAUCUUAACCCUUUGGCGCGAACAGAUCAGUAUGAGGCUUCCUGAACUCUCGGAUGACACUCAAGACGACUUGACCGAGUCCGAAGAGGUGCUUCAGCGGUCGCUGUCUUCUCUGACGGCCAUGAUUCCCUCUAUGUCUUCGCGUAUCAUCUCAAUUUUGACAAAACGGUGUUGUGAUGCGCUUCUUCCUGUUCGAUCCAUCCCGUCUCAAUUCAGAGCGACGUCAAAUAAGCGGAUGCCGACGGAGCCAAGUCACUUUGUCUCUUCCAUUCUGCGACCUGUCAAGGUUUUCUUUGGUAUAGGUACAAGCACUGGCGCUGGAACAUCACUAAAGGGCGACUUUUUGCCUUCUGCUUCAGCCGAAGUAUUUGAGAACGUUUGUCAAAGAUAUGUCCAUUAUGUAACUGCCAUGAAGAAAACCGAGGAAUCGCUGCGACGACUCAAACGAGGGAGAAAACCGACAUUUUCUCUCUUUGGGAGUUCUACUGCCGGUGCGGAUGAUGAGGCGAAGGAUGAAGAGCGGAUUAGAACUCAGAUGAUUCUUGAUGUGGAGGUGUUUGGAAAGGAUGCUGAGAGUAUUGGCGUCAAAUUGGAUUCGAGCGAAUCAUACGGAGUACUAUCCACCUUGGUACAAGCAGUAGAUAGUGAGGUGUCCUAG